AUGGAUAGCCCGCUAGCGUCUCCGACGAAGGCACGUCAAGCAGCAAUCCAAGCCAAAGACUGGGCCUACGUGAACUCCUGGUUGACUCGACAAUACGCACCGAAGCCAGUCCCCAGAUUUGAGAGAAAUGAAGACACCCUACGAACGCUUUUGACACUCGCUGCGGCCAACGAAGCGGCAGACGAGGAAGCCGAAUUACUCCAUAAUGCGCGUCAAGAAACCAUUGAAGGAUUCAAAGCAAGGGAAAAGACAGAGGAAAAGCAUAAGGUGGAUCUACUCAACGAGGUAGAGCAUUACCUCAACGAUAAGGGCAUGCGAGACCUAGAGGAUCUCGCGGAGACAGCGGCUGUCUUGGGUGGAUUAGGAGCCAGGACAAAGGACGUACGUCAGUUGAUCAUCGAAUUGACGAGGGAGGAGUUUGAAAUGCAAGAACAGAUGAAAAGAGUUGAAACUAUGCACGGAUACCUGAAGAAGGAACUGGCCGCUUUGCAUGAGCAACUCGAAGAGCUCAAGUCAAAUCCAGCUUUCGAGACGCCUGCCAACCUCCCCGCACUUACAGCAGAGUGGACACGGAGUACGAAGUUACUCAAUGCGAAAGUCGGCGAAUAUCAGGAUAGGGCAGCAGCAUUGCAGCGGAGUAGGAAUAAAGGGCCUACUCUUGAGGAUGUCGUCUCAGAAGAGGCGCAAGUCAGCUCGAUGCUAGAAUCUGUCAAGUCUCUCGAGGCCAGGAUCCAAAUGUUUCAUGACCUUCCCAAAGACUUAAGAGGUGCCCGCGCGAAGUAUAGAGAGCUCGAGGCGGAACUCAACCAAGUUAUUCAGCAGCGUGAUUCCAUGUUGGAACACUUGGUCGAAGGCUGA